GCUCCGACGGCCGCGGGACGGGGCGGGGCACUCUGCCGGGCGGCUCUGCCUGCGUCCGGCAUCUGAGAGUGGGUGUAGGUCCUUGAGGGCGCACAACUGCAAACCAGACAAAAAGAAACUUUGGGGUGCUUGAAGUGCCGGCUGACGGAGCUAUCGGUUGGCUUUUCGGUGCGGUCUUUAGGAUUAGCCGCUCAAGGAAGCGAGAUGUCGAAGCCACCACCCAAACCGGUCAAACCAGGGCAAGUUAAAGUCUUCAGAGCACUGUAUACAUUUGAACCCAGAACUCCAGAUGAAUUGUACUUUGAAGAAGGUGAUAUUAUUUACAUUACUGACAUGAGUGAUACCAAUUGGUGGAAAGGCACCUCCAAAGGCAGGACUGGACUAAUUCCAAGCAACUAUGUGGCUGAGCAGGCAGAAUCCAUUGACAAUCCAUUGCAUGAAGCUGCAAAAAGAGGCAACUUGAGCUGGUUGAGAGAGUGUUUGGACAACCGAGUGGGUGUUAACGGCUUAGACAAAGCUGGGAGCACAGCCUUAUAUUGGGCUUGUCACGGGGGCCACAAAGAUAUAGUGGAAAUGUUAUUUACUCAACCAAACAUUGAACUGAACCAACAGAACAAGUUGGGAGACACAGCUUUGCACGCUGCUGCCUGGAAGGGUUAUGCAGAUAUUGUCCAGUUGCUUCUGGAAAAAGGUGCUAGAACAGACUUAAGAAACAAUGAGAAGAAACUAGCCUUCGACAUGGCUACUAACGCCGCCUGUGCAUCUCUCCUGAAAAAGAAACAGGGAACAGACGCUAUUCGAACAUCAAGCAAUGCCGAGGACUAUCUUGAUGAUGAAGACUCAGAUUAAUUCCAUUCCGAAGCUUUGAGAUCUAAUACUUCUGUUGCUUUUGCCAUUCCAAAAUUUUGUCUUUGCCAGGAGAGUGUUGGUAACUGUAAAAAAACAAAGAAGUAUGGAUGGACACAGCAGCGUUGCAUGUGUUUUGAGUACAACGUGUAAAUGAAUAGUUCUCACCUUUGGUUUGCCAAUAAGUGACAUGAUACUUUCUGUGUAAAAUACAUUUAGGUUCCCCAGAGUAGAACAAGAAGAGAUUAUUUCUAUUUAUCAAGCUAAAGGAAUUUUAAGAGAUUUUUUUUCUUUACAAAAGUUUUUUUUUCCUUUUUCUUUUUUUUUUUUUUUUAGUUCUUUACCUCAACGAUUUGAGAUAUUUUCAGUAGAUUUUUCAAGGGGGGGGGGAAGUGCUUAUUAUAAUAAUAAACCAAAAUACUUAACAGAAAAUCGUCAGCUAUUCUGACAAAAAUAAACAUUUUAAGAGACUUUA